AUGGCUGACGUAGCCGACAUUCCGGGAAUGCUGACCAACAGCAUGAGCGGGAUGGGAGGCGCCGUAGAUUUGCUAACGUCACUCGUGUUUCGAUCUCCGGUCCAAGGCGGUUUUCCACCCGUCAACGGAUUUCCACGCGCCGAUACCUACGUGAACGGCGAUGACGACGCAGCAGCAGCCUUCGGCGAGUUCAACCAAACCGACAAUGGCACACAUCCUUUUAGUCACAUCGAUUUUCAGAAGAAACCCGCGCUUUUCCUGGCGCAAAGCGUGCUCAAUCUCGUGCUUCCCGCGUCGUCGCCGCUCUACCCCUUCAUCAUCACCCUCCUCUCCGCCUUUUCCCCCAUUUUGGAUGGCUUCUUACAACAAUACCUCCACAACGAUUUUUUUGCGGGCAGCGUGUGGCUCGUUGCGAUCGGUCUGGUGGGCAGAUACCUUCUAAGCUGGUUCCACUGGUCACUCGAUUGGAUGCGACACCGAGGAAAUGUGACUGUAACGAUCUCGCCAAACGACCAGGCGUUCACGUGGAUUCAGGAAUGGCUGAACGGAUAUAAGAAGCUGAGACCGUCCGAGUUUACCCUAAAUCUGGAAUGGCCGACGGAUGAUCAGGCAGAUGGCGCAGACCGUAAUAAGCCGAUCGUCAAGUUCCUCCCCAAGCUGAAGGCAGCGCAGCACAUCACAUUCAACGGUGCCAAGGUGUCCUUUCAAAUGCGCAACAGUCCGGGUCAGCUGUACCAAGGGGCUGAAUUCGGCGACAUUCUCCGCUCAAUGAACCGCGAGGAGCUCGUCAUCGAAGCGCCCUCUCAGGCCGUGCUCCAGGCAGUCGUGCAAGCCGCUACCGAUGCAGCCAUGGUGAAAAAAACCGAGAAGAAGAUCACGUCUGUGAAGCGGUGGUGUGCAGACCAAGACUACUGGAAGUACAUGGGUGAACGGGCGAGCCGGCCGGUUUCGACGGUGGUUCUGGAUUGCGACACAGCAGCUCUUAUCGAAGACGUGAAGCAGUUCUUAGCGAGUGCAAAGUGGUAUACAGACCGGGGUAUCCCUCACCGACGGGGGUAUUUAUUCCACGGGCCGCCGGGUUGCGGCAAGACUUCUCUAAUCCAAGCCCUAGCAGGGGAGUUGGAGUUUGGAGUUGCGAUAAACAGCCUGUCUUCCUCUGGUAUGAGCGACGAUUCCUUGAGCAGUGCUAUGUGUGACUGUGACGAGCGGGACGUGAUUGUACUGGAGGAUAUAGAUGCAGCCUUCACAACCACUAGGGAGAAGAAAGAGGGGAGCCAGGCGAACGGGCUGUCGUUUUCUGGCCUGCUGAACGCGAUUGAUGGGAUUGCCGCCCGGGAGAAGCAGAUCGUGAUCAUGACGACGAAUCAUAUCGAGCGAUUGGAUCCGGCGCUGAUCCGCCCUGGGCGGGUCGACUUCCGGAUGUUUCUCGGCCUCGCGAGCCGCAGCCAGAUCGUCCGUCUGUUCCUGAGAUUCUUCUCGGAAGCUUCUAAGAAAGAGGCGGAGCAGUUUGCAGGGUUGUUUGAGGAAGGAGAGUGA